UCAAGUGUCAACCUCAUCCCCUAGCGACUGAAUGUCACAACUCCCGGCAUCUCACUGCUAAUAGCUAACGUUACCAUGUCCAUGAUGCAGAGAAAUGUUAUUCCAUUCCCAGUGAAGCUGUCGAUGGUAUUUUGCUCUCUUACGGCAUCCCAACUUUCUCUUAGAUUGAGGUAACGAUUCAUCUUCUAUUUGAACUUUAGGGGAGCAGAAGAACACGACAGUGAGUGACCCGAAUUGAGAAAAGGCUUCUUAACCUCCAGCUCUUUUGUUGCCAUGGCACCCCAUCCUGUGGUGCAGGCCAUUAUAGACCUGACUGCUGGAGCAGUGGGUGGUGCGGCAUGUGUGUUUAGCGGACAACCCCUGGAUACAGCGAAAGUGAAGAUGCAAACAUUUCCAAAACUAUACCGUGGAUUUUUGCACUGUUUUAUGUCUACUUAUCGACAGGUGGGCUUGCGUGGGCUGUACCAGGGAACCACUCCGGCGCUGGUCGCCAAUAUUGCUGAGAACUCCGUGCUGUUUAUGAGCUACGGCUUCUGUCAAGAGGUAGUGCGCCUGCUAACCGGCACAGCCCGUGGAGAGGAACUCAGCGAUGUCCAGAAGGCCUGUGCAGGCUCGGUAGCCUCGAUCUUCUCCUCGCUGGUUCUCUGUCCUACAGAAUUGGUCAAGUGUCGUCUGCAGGCGAUGCAUGAAAUGGCCGCCACUGGCAAAAUCACAUCCACUCAGAAGUCCGUCUGGUCAGUGGUACGGUCCAUCUGGACCGUGGAGGGGCCACAGGGGUUCUUCCAGGGCCUGACCACCACCAUCGCUCGAGAGGUGCCCGGAUACUUCUGCUUCUUUGGGGCAUAUGAGCUAAGCCGCACUGCCUUUGCCGACCACUUCAAAUGUGCCAAAGAUGACAUUGGUGUGGCUCCGAUCGUGUUCAGUGGGGGGCUAGGGGGGGCAUGUUUGUGGCUGGUGGUCUACCCCAUGGACUGCGUCAAGUCAAGAAUUCAGGUGAUGUCCAUGUUGGGGCAGCAAGCCGGCUUCCUAAAGACCUUCAUGACCGUAUUCCGAACAGAGGGAGUGAGGGCUCUGUACUCAGGUCUGACCCCCACCAUGCUGAGGACCUUCCCCGCAAACGGCGCCCUCUUCCUCGGCUACGAGGCCAGCCGGAAGUUCAUGAUGGAGAAAUUUGACCACUGACACAAAAUCUGUGUGUGUGUGCGCGCGCGCGUGUAUGUGUGCUGAGAGAAAAGGUGCUUAGAGUGUGUGUCGAGAGAGAAGGUAAUUGUGUCAAUAGAAAUGUGUGUGUGUCUACUAAGAGAAAUGUAUGUGUGGUCAUGUCUGAUUCUGAAUGUCAAUUGUAAAGUUUUAGAGGAGUGUUUCAGUGUAGGUGAGUGUUUAAGGGAAAGUGAUGGGAAAGUGAUAUUUAGGGUUUUAUUUAAUGUAGGUUUAGGGUUUUCUUUAACCUAGGGUUAGAGAUUAGGUUUUACACAGGCACAGUCCGUCACAGACUAUAGCCUUAACUGUAAUCAUAGCCACAGACUUGAGAGUGUGUUGCAGUGAGAUUAUUUAUUAGUUUAGAUAACGGUUGUUUGAUAUGAAAAUAGUUAUAUGUGUGUGCGUGCGAGCGAAUACACAUGCAUUUGUGUGCGUGUGUGUACGUGUGUGUCUGUGUCUGUGUCUGUCUAUUGAGCUCCAUGACCUGUCUCCAAAUAACGCACAACUAACCAGUAUACUACAGGCUGUAGUUAGAGAUUAGGAGGAAUACAAUGGAAAUUAGAUUCUAGGAAAAGACUGAAGAAGCCUGCUCAAAAUACAGUAUAUUACAUUAUCAGCAUUCAUACCUGUGGUAUCUUAACUCGGCUGCAACCAAUGUCUGGUAGAAUAGCCACUGCCAUCCUAGGGUUAUUUAAGAAUAUUAUACUUGGUCCUACCUGACUUGAAGUACAUAGCUUGCUUUUAUAGUUCCUCUUCAUUGCUAUUAGUAUAAGUAUUAGUAUUAUUGUUAGUAUUAGUAUUAGUAUUGUCCAUUUAACACAAUUCUAAACUAAAACCAUUAUACUAGCAGCUGUGCUGAGUUAUUAUUGGUUUAUGGUUUACUGUACCUCCUCAAUAACCACUAAUGGUUUACACCCUCAAUAACCCCUUGUGGUUUACCCCCUCAAUAACCGCUUUUGGGGCUUUUAAAAGCCUUCUUUAGAAGAGAGGACAGGAAUUGAGUGGGAGAGAAAUAUGCUGAGUGGGUAGCAACAGCUGCGUGUCUGGAUUCCAGCAAAAGAUGUGGACCACAAUGUGAGUGGUCUGGGUUAUCUUUAGAUUAUGAGUGGCCCUUCCCUUACUAAAAUUAACUGUAGCUGUACAGCAGCUUCCCGAAGUACAGUGCAGCUAUACUACAGUACAGUGCAGUACAGUAGUAUAUUCGUGUCCAAAAUACUGCAUUUUCUGCAUACGAACGGCAAUAUUUCCUCCAAAAUACUCAGAAAACGGCAGUUUUCAUACUUGAAUUAAUUUAAGUUCUUUUUUUUUUGUCAUUAGCCUCAGAUCUAGACUCGUACAAAAAGCACAAUAUAAAUAAAGACUCAGUCACGACUUAUUAACGGCCCACAGUAGUAAAAAUAUAUAUUUUUUCAGUAACGCUGUUAAAGACUGCGCUCCUGUAAAACUUGCCUAUGUACUGUAUGCAUGUGACUUAGGAAGUCGAGGUGUGUAUUGGAUAAUAUAGGACUCCAUGGUGUAAUUGGAACCCUGCUCUGGGUAAUUGUGUUAAUUGGGACUGUGAUGAGUUUAGACAUUGAAUGCCAGUGCUAUCUUAACAAGUACAUGGUUCAGCCAGUGACGCAUGAGGAGGCAAGGGAGACAAUUGAUGUAAUGAUAUUUGACUAAUAACUUUAAUUUGACAUGCUUGAUGUUGAAGAUCACAACAGUGACAUGUGAAAUCGAGCAAACCAAGUAAAGCAUCCAUGUUUGUUUGCAGAGAACUGACUGACUCCUCAGAUAGUUUGUGUGUGUGAAUUCAAAACAAAUGAUGAACUGUUUUGAACUUGUUUACUUUGGCAUUUAGCAGUGCUCCCCCUGGUACUGUAUUGCACUCCAUGUUUCUGCCAGACUGUCUGAUUUUGUUUGCUCUGCUAGAAUUCACUUACUAUACUUAAGUACACACUCCUCAUAAUCACUUAUGUUCUUGGAAGGCAUGUAGAGUAGUAUGUGGAUGUCAGAUACUAAGUCUUAAUAGCACACGUUCUCGUCUCAAAUUUAGAUGUGUGGGUGUGAGUGAGUGUGUGCGGCACACGCAUCAGAUAAUAUUAUUAAUGGACCUACAGAUACCUACAAACUUACCAGUCUUACCUCAUGUAUUUCCUUAACACGUUUCCUUGGAGCCUUCUAUCAUGUGUGUCUGAUGCCAGCAUAUCGACCAGUACAGCUCUGUUUUGAGUUCUGGACUGUCAGUCAGAAGAAACAGCUGACUUCGCAUUUGCCCUGUUAACUCAAUAACAACUGUCAUUAAUUUAUUCUAAUAAGAAUAUUGAAUUCACUUUGUUUUGUUUCAUUUUUAUAGCAUAGACAUUUUAUAGUAUUUUUGGAAAAAUAAUGAUAACUAAAAUUUUGAAUGUUUAUAGUACAGUUUUUCACAGCCAUGCUUAUUUUGCUAAAAACAAGGAUGGCUCCAUAUUGUGAUUCUUUAAAUACACACAUACAGCACAACAUCUCUGAGUUCAUGAGAUGAAUGUCUCAUGCCUGUUUACUGGUUGAUUAAUCGGAUAGUUACUGGAAAUACAUUCAGAAAAGGCUGUUAAUGUAUAAAAAUGAAAUGAAAUGAAACAACAUUGUUCAUCUGUUUUGAGAAAUGAAAUACAUUGAAUACCUUAUUGGUCUGUUAUUCAACUAAAGUGAACUGUAUGGCUCUCUGCAUAAGUGAACUACUGUAUUUUGGGUUUUAAAUCUGCUCUGUACUUGACAUUUCCCAUUUACUGUUAUCAGUGAUUUGCAAUGCUUUUCUAAUUGAGCUUGUGUAUUAAUUAAAUAAAUAUAUACACUAUA